CUUCAUUAGAUACCACGCUGUGUGCAGCAGUUAAAAGACCAAGCUAAAGUGAAGUCAGUCGGUCAGACAGACACUGUUAGUCAAAUAUGUUGUUUUUCCAUAGAUAUCUUGAGUCAAAGUGCAACAUUUUUUCCUUUUCGUAAAGUACAUAAUAUCUUCUACGCUUCGUGCGUGUAAAAAAUAACAGCAGCAUCGAUAGCAGAGGAGCACGAGCGUAAUUUAUGUUGCCAGGAAACCGCAGCCACAGCAUCUAUUAAAGCCACAGUUUUGUUAACUCUGAUGGUCAUUUUGAGGACAAAAACGCUGAGUUACACUCGCUGCUGAUCACCGAGCAGUUGGAGCCAAUCCGAGCGUACCAAAAUCAUGUUAACACAGCUCUGUCGCUUUUGUCUGCCGCCUCUAUUACCGUUACACCAUCCAACCUACGGUUGACAGAGUCACAGAGUUGUCGUGUUUUACCGCAUCCCGAUCCUAGAGAGACAGCCUUCGGGCGAGAGCAGCUGCCAUGACAGGGUUGGGAGCAGAGGAUGACAUUCCUCUCUGUGAGAGGAAAACAGUCACAGACUUCUGCUAUCUUCUGGACAAGUCUAAACAACUUUUCAAUGGCUUAAGGGAUCUGCCGCAGUAUGGACACAAGCAGUGGCAGUCUUAUUUCGGCCGAACAUUUGAUGUGUAUACCAAGCUGUGGAAGUUUCAGCAGCAGCACAGACAAGUCCUGGACAACCGGUAUGGUCUCAAAAGGUGGCAGAUCGGUGAGGUUGCCUCAAAAAUUGGCCAGCUGUACUAUCAUUACUACCUCCGAACUUCGGAAACAAGCUACCUAAAUGAAGCCUUUUCUUUCUAUUCGGCCAUUCGUCAGCGAUCAUAUUAUCACCAGGUCAACAAAGAAGACAGGCCAGAGCUGGUGGUUAAGAAGCUGAGGUAUUACGCUCGCUUUAUCGUUGUUUGUCUGUUGCUCAACAAAAUGGACCUGGUUAAAGCGUUAGUCAAGGAGCUUUCUGAUGAGAUUGAAGACUACACCCAGCGUUUCAACACCGAGGACCAGCUGGAGUGGAACCUGGUGCUGCAGGAGGUUGCUGCUUUUGUGGAGGCAGAUCCACUUAUGAUUCUUAAUGAGGACAAUGGCGUAGUGGUCAUAUCCAAUCGUCUGCAGGAAGGGGGCGUGCCCUCACUUGAACAGGGCAUGGUGGUUGGCCAGCUCAGCUUGGCAGAUGUGCUCAUCAUUGGCAACUGUAACAAUCAGGUGAAGUUCAGUGAGCUGACCAUCGAUAUGUUUCGGAUGCUUCAAACCCUUGAGAGGGAACCUGUGAACUUGGCCACACAAAGCUCCAAACCAGGGACACUUGUAAGAGAAGACUCUUACACUCUCCCUGUCACUCUCUAUGAGCCCAAUGAAAAGCCGGCCAAGCGAGAGAAUCCUCAUAAAUAUCUCCUGUACAAACCAACCUUCAGCCAGCUUUAUACUUUCCUGUCUGCCUCCUUCAAGGAGCUGCCAGCCAAUAGCGUGCUGCUGGUGUAUCUAUCCGCCACCGGAGUUUUCCCUGCUGGACGCUCAGACUGUGAAGGACCUUAUGACUGCGGAGGCGUCCUGACCAAUACAAACCGAGAUGUGGUGAACGGUGAGAUGGUGCAGAAGAGGAAUCAGGCACAAAAGGAGAUGCACUGCCUCCACCCAGGAGACCUAUACCCGUUUACUAGGAAACCUCUGUUUGUCAUUGUAGACUCAUCCAACAGCACAGCUUAUAAGAAUUUCUCCAAUCUCUUUGGUCAACCACUGGUAUGCCUGCUUUCUCCGACAGUAUAUCCGAAGAGCAUGCAAGACCAAUCUCAGCGUGGGAGUUUGUUUACUCUCUUCCUCUACAACCCCCUCAUGGGCUUCCUGUCUGUCUGUGGGCUGACCAGCAUGCGCAAUGGAUUGUGGGAAAAGGCCCAGGAACUCCUGCGGAAGGUUUUCCAUGACAUCGGCCAGAUGAUCACCAGUUCGCGAGUCAUAGAUCAAGCCUAUCUGCAGUUUUAUGGAGACGAGUUUCUGCGUCUGCUGAUGAUCCGUUUCGUGUUCUGCUGCACCACGCUGAGACUACACAAGAUCUUCCAGGAAGCGAGGAGUUUUCCAGAAUCGUACCCCCCGCUGCCUAAACAGGAGAUGGUGGAGAGUAGCCUUCUACAGAAACAUGUGCUGGACCUGGCAGCCAUGUUGGACGUGCAAAACCUUUUCUCUGAUGGCAUGCUGGAUAACUAUUGACCACAUGGUGGCACCUCGGCUAACUUACGCACACACACGCGCUCAUGCCCUCACACACACAAACACAGUCGUACUGUAGGUAGUUUCUUCUGAAUAAACUUACUGGGUGUUUAACCUACUCUCUAAACAUUUAGAUCUAGAUAGUUUAAGAACUAUUCAAGAGAAAUGUUUCAUCCUUGUGGGCAGAUAUUUACAGUUUGUCGUGUUCAUAUGUAUUUUUAGAUUUUAAGAAACUACACACACCCAGAGCGUCGCUCCCAACACACAAGAGAACACAUUGAUUUCAAUACAUGCAUGUACUGUGUGAGUGCAAGCACACGGACGUUCAGACCUGCUGAGGGCAGCUAUCACAGUUUCUGAAGGUCAAGCACAAGGUACAAAGGGUCAUUGUGGACAAUUAUAUAUUGAGAUAAAAGAAACAUUACAGGAAGUAGAGGAAAACAUGUUUAUGUUAAACCAUGUAAUUCAAGGGAGAUGGCUGAGAUGAGCCUAAAGCAUUUGCAAAAUGCAUUUGUUGGAGUAGGAAAAUUCAUUUUCCUUCUCAACACUUUGCCUCUGCAACGUUUACACAACUUUUCCAUAGGGAGCGUGCUGCAUGUUUGCAUUUUUGUUUUUGCUCCCAUGUUUAGAUGUUUUUUAUGCUUCUUGCCUUGUUUUGUUUGUUUUCGUUCGUUUUUUCGUCUCGUGGACUUUGGCCUGGUCCACUUUUGGGACGUUUCGGUCAUCUGCCGAACGCUACGUCACGAACAGGAUCUCCGUCGCCUCUUUUUACAGAGAGAUUCUUUUUAGCAUGCUUCGGUAGUGUGGUAAGCCCAUACUUACAUAGCUGAUGUACUAACCUAAUGUCUUAUUCCAUGUGCAGUGGACACCAAUAGCCGACAAAGUUCUCUUUUAUGUCACAGAGACGUACAGGCUAAUACUGUGUAAAAAAUUGUGUAUAUACAUAUAUAUAUAUAUAUAUAUAUACAUAUAUAUAUAUGUAUAGUUCUACAAGAAGUUAAUGUGAUGCAGAGAAGUGUGUCUGUCUGGGUUGUUCGUUGUGGCAGAUCUGUGAAAAGAUGACCCCUGCAUGUGACAGGGGCAGUGUUCUUGUGUCUAAUUCGUGAAUGGACCAUGCCACUGUCUCAUCUGCGCACUCGACCCCCCCCCCGCUACUCGGAUGACAUUCCAAGACUCGCUGGCAGAAGAGCUUCUCCUUUACAAUCCAUCCAUGUCAAGGACAAGUAGACUCCAUCGGUCUAAUAAGAAGUGUUUUGUUGGUUUCAUUACAUCACGAUGAUAAUUAUGAUAAUGGUUACAAUAAUAGCCUUGCACUUUACUUGCACUAUUUAAGUUUGAUUCCGAUGUUAUUUAUUGUGCUGUUGGCAAGAGGCAUGUCUGAUCAUUCCAUUAUGUCACUUGUUUGAGUGGCAUAUAGCUUUCUCUGUAUUGAAAAAAUGGCACACAUUCUGGCUUUGAAAUAGUUGUCACGGUUUACCAACUCUUCCCUCAACGUUCGAUCAUGGCCAGUCAAAUGGGACCAGAAGAUUUUUGCAUGCAGAGAGCACAAGGUCCCAUGAACUAUUCUAGUACCCCCUCACCUGUCGUCCGGUACCUCAACCCUUGUCGUUGAAUCUCAUUUUUAUUUUUGCAUGUUAUGCCCAAAACUUGUUAGCUUGUGAUGCGAAUAUAGCUGCUUCCACUGAUGUCUUUUUGAAAUAAUACCCUAUUUUAGAAAAAGCGAGACGUUUGCUCAUGUUUGCGAACAAAUCACUGCCAAACAGAAUCAACCCUAAUAUGGAAUUUCCACUGCCCGAAUUAUGCAGACAAACGUGUUGUCCGCAAUCUCGCAGUCACAAUUACCUUUUUUAUUAUGCUGUUUUUUGUUUGCCAAAAGCGAGAAGGCUCGAUGGAGACGAGCAGGGAAACAGAAGGUGACUGUCACUGUUUCCUCUCUGUCUUGUCUUCUGACCUUGACCGGUUGACCAUUGAAUGUUUUUGCCUUGUUUUAUUUCAUUUGUGUUAGUAUGUAAGUUGAUUUAAUGUCUCGACUUCCUAACAUUCUAUAAAUUAGCUCUGUAAAUUCUUGUCGAGGCGGUCCGUGUAUAGUGGGCUAAGAGCAACGGGGUAAUGACAGAUUAUAAGCACUUAUGCAUGAAAUGUAACAAACAUCUAACAAACUUAGAUUUAAAAAAUGCAAUACCCCUUUUUGAUAUGGGAAAAUCAUUUUAUCAGAGUGUUUUCUUAUAAAGAGACAAUAGUCAAUCGUGCGAGACAUUUCCGUAAUAGAUUCAUUAGCAAGGCAUUAGUGGUCAAAAUCCCCUCUGCUCUGUUUUAAUGCCACAGUUGAACGCUUUAAUAGCCAUGAUUUAAAGCAACCUAAGGAUAUGAAUUUGUGUAUUUGUUUUCUUUUGUAAUCCUGGUUUGUGGGGCCAGAUCCAAGGUGUAGUACGGGUGAUUUCUACCAGUUCCUACUGUUGUGGGAGGGAACAUUUUCAAAAGUGAUGUAAUGGUCAGAAUACUCUUUCUUUAUAAGUUAAGGGGUUCUAGAGUUGCUAGUUGAACAUACUUGCAUUGUCCAGUUGUCAUGUGUUUUUAAUCAAUUAACUGUUUUGUCUUAUAUGUUGCCAAAUUAUAUUUGAUGUUUGUUGUUAAAUGCAGAAAAAAAGAACAAAGAAAAAAUGUGAUGAUACCAAAACAUGCAAGCUUUUUGUUUUUAAGAAUGCUAUUUAAGAAUAUUAAAAUGUUUUUGACUGUUUUGCUUAA